UUCUUUUUUAAUAUUGUUUUUUAUUGCAGAUUGGAGGACGUCAAUGGCUCACAUGUGGGGGAGAGGAGGCCGCUCCAGAUCCAGGAGAGCUGAUUUCACACAGACGGCUGGUCAGGAGGUUUGGAGACCCGUUUCCGAUGACCGCGGUCCGGCUCACUGGAGGAAGGAGGGGCAGAGCGGCACCCAGAGGAGCCCAGAUGAUGGACGUCCGUCCACUUCGUCGAAACACUCUCGCAGAGACUCAUCUUCAUCUUUGUCCCUCUCUGAGGACAAUGUGGAGAGGAGGUUCUGCAGAGAGUCGUUGAGGCUGAGCAGCAGAGGCUCGUACAGUGUGGUGUGGAGGUGGAGUGGUGAUGUUUCGGAGAGCCAAAGCGAACAGGACAGUGGCAGCAGCUGCGGUUUGUCCAGGUCCGACAGCUGGGAAGGGUGGCUGUGCCCUCCGCUGCCGGGUCAAGUUGCUGAAGAGCCAUCAGAGACUUCAAGAGGCCGAACUGCUCGGAGUGCCAUGGAGUCUUCUCCUGUGAACAAGAGCUCAACAGGAAAGCCUACAAGGAAGAGGAAAAGAUUUGGUCGUUUCCUCCACUGGCUAUGGAAGGCUAUGAAGGGUUCUUUCUGCUGCCGUUGCCACAGUUGUGCUGUGGAUGUUGUCGAGCCUUUUGUCCCUCCAGCAGAUCUGGAGCCGGAGCCAGAGCCUGAUCCAACAUCACCACGUGAUCCUGAUCCAACAUCACCACCUGAUCCUGAUCCAACGUCACCACCUGAUACUGAUCUCUCCGGUGUCGAGCCAAAUAAUGAGUCCUUUGAGUCUCUUUAUGAAGCGGGAGCGAUGAUUGGAUGCGGAACGUUUGGCAGUGUGUACAGGGGAACACGCAAACUUGAUGGCAAAAGGGUUGCCAUCAAGCGGAUGCGCAAGUGUGACAACUUUCAUUAUCUUGACAUUCCUGGGCAUCCCGAACCUCUCAUUACAGAAGUGGCGCUGCUGUUAAUGAUGAGGCGAGAACCCAUAAGCCCCUACGUCAUACAGCUGUACGAGUGGUUUGAACACCCUCGCAAAUUCUCUCUCAUCAUGGAGUUCCCCGAACCCUGCGAGAGCUUGAAGGACUUCAUCACUCGCCGUGAUCCUGAUGUGUGUGAAACAAUAGCACGGGUCUUCACGCAACAGGCUGUUCUGGCAGUUCAACACUGCAUCGAGCAUGGCGUUUUUCACAACGACGUUCAUGCGCAGAAUUUCCUGCUGAAGAGAAACUCGUUAGACCUCAAGCUGAUAGACUUUGGCUGCGGUCAGCUAUUCAGCAGCGAGGGCUACGAGAGCGACAUAUACCUUGGAAGAAAUGAUCACUGCCCACCUGAAGUCUUCACAGAGCCCAGAUUCCACGCCGUCCCAGCAAAUGUCUGGGCUCUGGGAGUGAUGCUGUACGAGAUGCUCAACGGAUCUUGUCCUUUUCAGAGUAGAACGGAAGUCAUCGAAGCCAAAGUUACAUUUCCCAAUUCCAACUUAUCCAGGGAAUGCAGUGAUCUGAUUAGGCAGUGUCUAGCCCGGGAUCCAGCGAAACGGCCCACGUUAGAGCAGAUGUCCCAACAUACAUGGAUUAGAAACGAUCUACUGUAGGAGUUCAGGAGAUUCACUCGAUCAUGAUUGAUGAUUUCAGGAAAGAACACACUUGCUGUCCUUGGUGGAGUGCUUGAGCUGGAGACUCGACCCGAAUCCUGAAGUCCAACCCCAACCUGACAGGAACUC